ACACAUCUACGGAAUCUAUCUUAUCGUAACAAGCUACAAUCAGUUUUUGAGACCGAUAUACUUAAGUGUUAGGAAUUUAUAUUAUGACAGUUUAAUUUUGGCGUGCAUUCCGUGUAGAAGAAAAUAAAAAUAAUUUGCGAACAAUGGUGAAAAUUGAUGCGAAUUCUAAUCACCAAACUCAAAAUUCCCAACAAUUACUCUCCACACUUUUCCUCGCCAUCGGAGCUUUAACACUAGUCAUCAGUUUAAUUCUUGGGAUUAAAUGGAAGCGCUUUCGAUACCGAAUGACCUUCCAAAACACCCCGGGUGAGAAUUUAAUAACCAUCCGAAGACAUUCGACCACAACGACAAUUAGAGAGAAUUGCUGCGAGGGUAGAUACCGUCAUUCAACAACGGAAGAACUGAUAGCAAGUGGCAAUGAUAUUCAACCGACAUUAAGAAAUACAUCAACAUACAAUGUCAAAAAAGAAAGUUCUGACCGAGAAAGCAUAUUCCGUUGGCCAUUUAAGAAUAAAAUGAAGGUAUCCAGUAGCAAUUUAGCAAUUGAUGAAAAUAGAGUGCUGGAUUCUAAUGAUGAAGCAGUACACAGAAGAGAAAGAGACUCAAUGCUGGCUGAGAAGAAUGAAAGAUUAAGGAGAAGCAUCUAUGAGAGAUUGAAUUCUACAAGCAGCAUGCCUGACUUGGUUAAUGAUUCACAACCAGGAACUUAUGAAAGAAAGUUUGAGGAACCAAUUCUGGUCUUUCAGAAAGGUGUGGAAUCAGAAUUGGACGAAGCUGCUCAUUAUCAAAUCGUUGAUGAGAUCCAUGACACAAAAUUAGUUGAAACUGUUCCAGUAAGAGUUAAGGAACGUCCAGUAAAGGAAAUUAGUGCUCAAACUUUUGAAAUGUGUGCUCCAAAGAAAACAAUUGACUCGGUGGCUGAAAGUGACGAAAAAAUUGAAAUUAUUAAGGAUUCAAAUCCUCCAAAGCCUCCUGUACGUCGAAGAUCAAAGGCAAGUGAUCUAACGCCACCAAAAGAAAAGAAGGAUGUUCAAGGAAACCAAAUUAUUCCUCCAGCUGUCAAACCUAGAAAGAAGAUUUCGAACCUAACUGUAACAAUUGAUCAACCUACAAGACAAAAUGAAGAAAUUUCCCAAAAUGAAGCUGCAUUACCUAAGAAAAAUGAUGAAAUCAUUCUUAUGGACACUGACACUGUCGAUUCUAAGCAAAAUGAAGUUACCACUUUAGAAGCAAUCAUAUCCCCACCUAUAGAAUAUAAAGAUACCUCCUUAAAAUCAAUCACAGUUACUUCUGAACAAACUGAAGUUUCAUCGAUAAACAUUAGCACCAAAACUUUGAUUUAUGAACCAGAUUCAUCUUUAGAACCUACUCCAAAAGUUUCUAAACAUGAGCCAGAUUCUAACAUUUAUGAAGAUGCAGUUGAUUCAAAUACAGACUUUUCAGUCAACACUUUAGACUCAAUACAACCUCAAAACCAAGAUUCUUCUUUAUCCGAAGAACCAAAUUCAACUGCAAUUGAAUAUCCAGCUGCGAUGAAAGAUUUUAUCUCAAGUAUUGAUACCCAAGCCCAAGAAGAAGAAUCUGCUAUAAAAUCAGCAAUAACAACACCAAAGUCAAUUCUUAAAUCCCAGCAAGAUACAUCACAACAGCCAAAAAAUAGUACAGUACAAUUUAUAAAUGUCCCAGACAGUUCCUCAGAUGAGGAUGAUGAUCUUUACGAGGACAGUAAUGAUGUAUGGAGUAAAAUUGAAAUCCACAGGAAUCAGCUAAUGAUGAACCAUGAAUUUAACAGAGUUUAUAUUUCCAGCUCGACAGGCGAAAGUCCUCCUCCAUUGCCAAAAACUCCACCACCUACUGCUGACAUUCAGGAAAGGAGUUUUGAGUUUGCUUAGAUAGAUUUUUGAAUUAGAUUAGAAUUUUCGAGCUUAAAUUUAUUAAUGCCUAGUUAAGUAUUAAUAAUUAUAGAACUAAGGACGUGUUCUUAGAGGAUAAUAGGGUUGGUGUAGUAUUAAAUCAUAAGAAACCCAGAUUUUGAUGAUCCAAAAACGCUUAAAUUCUUAAAUGACAUUAAAUAGCAUAGGC